UGAUAAAAACGCGUUUCUGCUGCUCGUGCUGUUGAACACGCCAGGAGCGAUACCAGCCUCCACCACGAGGUGGCAGUGGUGGCGCAGCGUGGAGCGCUCCGGACCGGGACCGGGACCGGGACCGGGUCUUCUGUUCCGGACGUGAAGCCCCGGUCCUCCAGACCGGAAGCGGCGCUGUGACCCGGAUGGAGAAACCCGGAAUACACAGAGCCACGACUCAGCUGGACGGAGAGGACCGGAGACCUCUGGACCGGGACGAGGACCUGCAAGAGGACCUGCUGCACCGGGACCGGGACCCUGCUGGACCGAUGGACCAGAGUCAGAUCCGGGUUCUCGGCGUUCUCCCUGCUCUCUGCGUUCUGCCAGGGUUCUGCUGAUCGGGCGCUCCCGCCGACGGGCCCGCGGACGGAGCCAUGUUCUCGGGGAACCGGCGCCUGGCGGCCGGCCUGCUGGUCAACCUGCUGGCCUCCAUCUGCAUCGUCUUCAUCAACAAGUGGAUCUACGUGCGGUACCGGUUCCCCAACCUGAGCCUGACCCUGAUCCACUUCCUGCUCACCUGGCUGGGGAUCUGGGUGUGCCGCCGGCUGGACGCCUUCUCGCCCAAGAGCCUGCCGGCGCGCCGGGUGCUGGGCCUGGCGCUCAGCUUCUGCGGCUUCGUGGUCUUCACCAACCUGUCGCUGCAGAACAACUCGGUGGGAACCUACCAGCUGGCCAAGGCCAUGACCACGCCCACCAUCCUGCUGCUGCAGACCGCCGUGUACCGCAAGACCUUCUCCACCAGGAUCAAGCUCACCCUGGUUCCCAUCACUCUGGGCGUGGUCCUGAACUCGUACUACGACGUGCGCUUCAACGUCCCGGGGACGGUCUUCGCCGCGCUGGGCGUCCUGGUCACGUCUCUGUACCAGGUGUGGGUCGGCGCCAAACAACACGAGCUGCAGGUGAACUCCAUGCAGCUGCUGUUCUACCAGGCUCCCAUGUCUUCGGCGUUCCUGUUCUGCGUGGUUCCGCUCUUCGAGCCGCUGACGGGGGACGGGGGGAUCUUCGGACCCUGGUCUCUGCCGGCCCUGGUGGCGGUGCUGUUCUCCGGCGUGGUGGCGUUCCUGGUCAACCUGUCCAUCUACUGGAUCAUCGGGAACACGUCGGCCGUCACCUACAACAUGUUCGGCCAUUUCAAGUUCUGCAUCACCCUGAUCGGAGGAUACCUGCUGUUCCACGACCCGCUGUCCGUCAACCAGGCGCUGGGGAUCCUCUGCACUCUGGCCGGGAUCCUGCUCUACACACACUUCAAGCUGCUGGAGCAGGAGGAGGGCCAGAGCCGCCUGGCCCAGAGGCCGUAGGCGGAACCCGCGGAACCCGCAGAACCCGCGGAACGCCACGCUUUUCUAUUUUUAUACAUUUCUAUGAUCAGUAUUUUGUAGGAAACAGGUUCCUCUCAGGAGGAACCGGAGCCCAGGAACCGGGGCCCAGGAACCGGGGCCCAGGAACCGGAGCCCAGGAACCGGAGCCCAGGAACCGGAGCCCAGGAACCGGGGCCCAGGAACCGGAGCCCAGGAACCGGAGCCCAGGAACCGGGGCCCAGGAACCGGGGCCCAGGAACCGGGGCCCAGGAACCGGAGCUCAGGAACCGGAGCCCAGGAACCGGGGCCCAGGAACCCGGACAAUCAACGUUCCGUGACUGAACGCGGGGUCUGGGUGUCCGACGGUGGAGCGGUUCUGCUUUCCGGGACGUUCUGCCGACGCGCUGGGUUCAAGUCAAACUGACGACGGCGCUUGGAGGAGAACGUGGAACCGAAACGCCGCUGCGUCCGUCUGUGGUUCCCCGCUCCUGAUCCCUUCAAACACGCAGAACAUUCAGUUCUCCACAUUAAAACCUUUUUCUUCUUUCAC